AUGGACUUUUCUGCGUCUAUGAUCAGCAGUGCCAGUGGGUACGCUUGGGUAGCCCCAACUCCGAUGGUUAUGAUGCCUGCAGUCUUUGAUGAUGAAGCAGCCGUUGUGAAACCAACAUGGAGAUUAUAUGCCAAUAUUAUUGUCGUAGUUCUCCCUGCUCUUCAGUUUGGAUGGUCAACAUCUCAAUUAAACAAUUCAAUGUUUCAUAGCGAAAGAGAUUGCAAUGUUCGACCAAUUGUAGCUGGAACAUGCCUCAUGUUCCCUGGACAUACUUUAAUUGAAUGGACAAUUGCUGUAAGUUCGUGGAUUGUUGGUGGCAUGAUUGGAUCACUUGUUAUUGGACGUGUUUCCAAUAAAUUUGGACGUAAACCGACGUUAAUGAUAAAUGGUGUCUUUUUAAUUGCAGGAAGUACCGUUCAAGCUAUUGCGAAUAGUAUUCAGAUAUUUACUAUUGGUCGUGUCUUGGCUGGGAUUGCAGCAGGUGGAUCUACUGCAAUUAUUCCAGGAUUUAUUGGUGAAGUCUGUCCACCACAUCUUCGUAGUAAAAUGGGAAUAUGUUUUCAACUUUCAUUAACUCUUGGUCAUUUCUUUGUUGCUAUAUCAUUCUUCAUUGCAAGUACAAGUACUGGUUGGCGCUAUAUUGCUGGAUUUCCGAUUAUUAUUGGAUCUGUCUUUCUUUUAUUGGCGCCAUUUGUUCUUGUUGAAAGUCCUGCAUGGCUUUUAAUGGUUAAUCGACCUAAAGAUGCCGAAAAUGAAUUAGCACGUUUAUAUGGGGAAAACAAUGUCUAUACAGCUAAAAAAUGGAUUAAUCAACAACAAGGAAAUGCUGAAGCAAAAAGAGAAGGAGCUGUUCGAUUACAAGAUCUUGGGUUGUCGAUGAUUGCACCUCCACCAAAUACAGGACAACCAAGUACUUUAUUACGAUUAUUUACGUCAUUACGUCCUCAAAUGUUUACAGCUCUAGGUGUUGCUGGUGCACAACAACUUACAGGAGUUUAUGCAAUUUUUCUCUUUUCAUCAAGUAUUUUCAACGAAGCAGGAAUUUCCGACACUCGAUUAAGUGUCUUGAUUGUCAAUUUUGUGAAUGUUCUUCCAACUCUUGUCUGUGGUUUAUUCGUAGCACGUGUUGGAAAUCGUUUCUUAAUCUUGUUGGGAUUAGUUGGUAUGUUUCUUGGUGCGAUUGGUAUCACUGUGUCAUUAUUGACAAAUCUCUCAGCACUUUCAAUUGUCUCUAUUGCUCUAUAUGUUGCUACAUUUGGUUUAAGUAUUGGACCAUUAGCAUGGGGAAUCAUUGCUGAUAUGUUUCCAGAUGAUGUACGUGCUGUUGGCUGCUCCAUUUGUGUCGCUUGUAGCUGGUGCUGCAGUCUUUUCGUUGGCAUUUCGUAUCCAUAUCUUGUUAAGACAUUGGGUGAUUACAGUUUUAUGCCAUUUAUUUAUACAAUUACGCUCUCAUUUCUAAUGGUCUUUUCUUUAGUACCUGAAACAUAUAGCAAGACUAUUCAAGAGAUUCAGGACGAAUUUGCUACUAUGUGGCAAAAACCUAAGGUUGUUGCACAAUGGCGAAUGUCAGGUGGUAGUCAAAUUCCCGUGUUAGGAUGA